AUGCUUGGAUCCACUCGUGGAGUAUACCUUCCCAAAGACUCCCCUUCUGGACUGCGUAAGCUGGUUGUGAACUUGAGUGCUCUUUCCAAGGCAGAGCCGUGGCCAGCGGCGCAGCGCCCGGCCCCCCUCCUGCCGCCCGAGCUGGACCAGGAGCCGCAGCUUUGCCGGGCCCUGUUCGACUACACCCCGGAGCUGCCGGACGAGCUGCCGCUGCGGAGGGGAGAUGUCGUCCGGGUGCUCAGCAAGCAGACAGAGGCCGAGGGCUGGUGGGACGGGCAGUGCCAGCACCGGCGAGGGCUCUUCCCCAGCAACUUCGUGGAGCUCCUGCCAGCGCUGGUGCCCACGGUGAAGCCAGCAAUGCCAUCCCGGGAUGUGGAGUCCGGUGAGUGCGGCCACGGCGGCCAUCCGGCCCCGGGCUCCUUGGUGUCCCACCAGGACGGCCGGGCAGCCCCGCGGCCGGGCGCAAGGUGGGUUGGGGCAGCCGGGGAGCCGGCUGUGCCGGGGGGCAGGAGGAGCCCCAUGGGGCGCAGGGAUGCGGCGUGGACCGGCACCGAGGUGCUCUCUGCUUCGACUUCCUUCCCAGCGCAGAGCCGAUUUCCUCCAGCAUCACGUGCGCGCAGCCUGUAA